AUUGUGAUCUUGUAUGCAAUUGUGGUGCGGUUUGUUUAUAUAUAAAGAACAUAUGAAUUGUACACAUGUACACUUUGAAGUUGAUGUACAUAUGUACACCAUGAAAUAGAUGUACAUAUACAAUAUGAGCAUUUAAAUAUUAUUGUAUCUUAAUUAGUUAAUUUAGAUUAUUUAAGUAGCAUUUAGUUGUUAAUAUUGUAGUUGCAUACAUAAUUGCAUAAGACAGUUUGUGGAAUGCAUAUAUGUGUAAAUUUGUAUAUGUUUAUAUGUGUAUAUGUGUACAUGUGUAUGUAUCCAUCUUCACUUGUGUACAUUGUAUAUCAUUAAAGCAAUGUACCGUACAAUCAUGCCUCUUCACUAAAAUCGCAAAUCAAAUUGUCUGGUUAAAAACCCAAAAUCACCUUUUGAAUGAUACUUUAAAGCUACUCAGUGUGUCAAAUAUCUUCAAUGUGUACACAUAUAUUCUACUGUCCACGUGUACCAUAUUCUCCGAAAUGAUACAUGUACACCGAUUCAUUUGUACAUUUAUCAAAUUAUAAUAUUUAAUACUUUUAUGUACAUAUAUGUAUAGAAAUAUGUUAUAUUACAUUUUAAAUUUAUAUCUACAUAUUGUAGGGAUUGGAUUGAGCAAUUAAAAGUUUUUGGACAAUUGAAAAGGAUGUAUCAAAUUUGAUAGUUUGGGUCAAACUGAUAAUAACAUAAAAAAUAAAGGACCAAAUGUAAAAAUAUGAGAAAAAACUCCAUUGUUGCCCGAGCUUCACCGUACAACACAGUAGUGGAUUCUGACCACGAGGCGGAUGAGUUGCAGAGCACGACGUGGAGGAAGCUUGGUCAUGUUGAUUCAUGGCGAAGGAAAAGAUAACCCGCAAUUGAACUGGGCUGAGGUUUAUCGGAGUUACAGAUGAGGACCAGGAAGCACAGUGAAGAUGAGCUGUGAAAACAGAAAAGAUGAGAUUGUGUUUUUAUUUUGUGAACUAAAACAAAAAAGAAAACAAGAUCUAAGAAAAAAGAAAAGCGAAAGAAGAUAAUAAAUUAGUGGAUCUUACAGAUUAUGCUUUAGUUAUACUUUAGUUAGUAAUGAAUGGAAUAUGUUAAAAAAAUUAAGAAAAAGUGUCAUAGGAGUAGAAACUGUCUUAUUGUGUUAUAAAAAACUUAAAACUGUUUUUGAGUGUUAAUAACUCUGUUUAGAAAUCUACUGAAAGAUCAAUGAUUCAUAUAAUUUUUUACUGAAUAUAUAUACACAAGCAGAUGCAUACAUACACAUUAAUUAUUAAAAAUCCAAUGUAACCGUAAGACUACUAUUAAUUACUAUAUUUGCCCAAUUAUAUUCAUCGCUCUAGAGUGUAAUAUAAUAUUAAUUGUUGAAACUUGAAAGUGUUGAGAGCCGGCCAACGAAUGCAACAUAGGAGUAGUCAUAUAAAGCAGUUAACUUAGGUGCUCUCAAUACACACAACACGAAAACCAUUUUAUCAACCCCAAGAACACUUUUCUUGUUAAGCUAUAAGUUUUUUUUUCUUUUUUCUUUGGUGACUAUGGAGAUUGAAUCUGUGAGAUGUGAGUGUUGUGGAUUGAUGGAAGAGUGUACACAAGAUUACAUUAGUGAAGUCAAAUCCAACUUCGACAACAAAUGGCUCUGUGGUCUUUGCUCAGAAGCCGUGAGAGACGAAGUCAGUCGCCGGAAGAUGACUACUGUUGAUGAAGCUGUUAGGGCCCAUGUGUCGUUUUGUGGGAAGUUUAAAGAUAAUCCGGCUGUUCUUGUGGCCGACGGUAUGAGGCAGAUGCUAAGGAGGAGAUCCGGCGACCUGACUUCCUCUGCUUCCAAGAAAUUUGGCAGAUCUAACUCCACCAAGUUGUACUAAAUAAUGAUCUUUUUCUUGUUUUGUUAAUUAAUUAAUGUAUAAUAAUAAUAAUAAAAAAUUAUGUAUAAUAUUUUAUGUAUUUUUUUGUUUAACUGUCAUAAAUGAUGGUCGGUGAUGCUAUAACUGAUCAGUUGAUUAUAUUCAGAUUUGUCAAUUUAGUUUAUCUAGUUUUGAUCUCUAUUGACAUUGGUUCUUCUCUUAAGCUAAUAACAAUUUGGCUAAAAAAGUUCCAGGAUGUAACCACAAUGCCUAAUUUUCAGUUCAUUGAAAUGAGAUCAACAUUUUCAAGAAGAUACAAAAGUUAUAUUUCGGCUACUAAUAAGUUAUGAGUGUAGGUUCAUAAUUACCCCAGGUCGGAAAACAAAAACAAACAUGUCAAGUUAGUUCUUUUGACUUUGCCAGUAAUCGAACUCGUGACUUCGAAUACCCAUAACCUUAGUGUUCUAUCUUUCUUAGUCAGAUAUUACACUCAUUAGUAGGCUCUUGGAGCCGUCUCUUGCUCCACACAAGUUAUCACAUUCUUAAUCUGAAAACAAAGAUAUAUUUAGUGCUUCUUGGAGAUGCUCACACUCACGCACACACAAAGGCUUUCUCUUCAAUUUGGUCAUAUGUAGCCCAUUUAUGUACAGGGUCAUAUCGAUAGUAAUAGUAAUUAGAUUAAAAAGAACUUUAGAUGGAACUGAAGUGUUAAUUCUGCUUCCACAAUGAUCGAGAUUUUCAACUUCUGGAUCAUUGUAUUUCACAUGAUAACAUCUCUUUUCUGCUACAGAAUCUCAAUGGAACUCAAACCAUCAGGAGUACGAAUAUAAUCUUGACGGGUUAGCCCUACUUUAAGUUGAGCUGAUAAUGGGCUUUGGCUUCAACUGAACCAAUGUAUGUUAUAUAUAUAAUCACAAAAAAAACCCAAGAAACUCGUCUAAAUGGACUUCAAACAUUGGAAGAUACUUUUUUGGAAAUACUUCUGAGCACUUCCAAUAGAGGUUAUGCCUAUUAGAAUUCUAAACAUAUACUUUAUAUGUGUAUAUAUUGUAGAUCCCAAAAUCUACACUAAGUAUUUUGUAGUGAUUGAAUAUUAAAUCUAGGAAAAAAAAAGUUGUGGACAACAAUAUCCUUAGAACACAACGAUAUAAUCAGAUUCCGGUUGAUGAACAUGAACUUUAUUGAAUAAACGAGGUUGAAUACGAUAAGGAAUGAGAUCGGAUACAAUAAAGAGAGAUCGAUAAACGAAGUGUUAAUGCGAUCUAAAACGAGGUCGAUGUGUGUAGUAGGCUCUCUCUAGAUUUUUUACGUGUCCUUUUCUCUUGGUCUUGUCUUCCUCUUAUAGUCAAUUCACUCGGAUUCUUCUCAACCUCUUCCGUGAUCUCGGGACUUCGGUGUCGCUCCAUUUGAACUCGUUGACAUGGGUUGUGCCUUUUCUUUGUUCAAAGUCGUAUGGCCCAACGCGAAACCUGACCGAAAUUGAGUCCAACAUUUGUCCCCCAGUCUCUUUCCCUUGGCGAAUAGGGAAGAGGUGAUUCAAUAACUCUUAAUUUCGUCGUAGAACUCGGUUCAAGUUAGAUUUGAUUUUUGAACUUUUUCCUAACCGUUGCUUCGCGCGCUUUUACUCUUCUAGAUGCAACGACUAUAUGUGACGUCCUAGGGCGAACCCUAGCCUUUCAUUACUUCUCUUGAUAGUAGCGAUAAAGUCGUUAGGUUGGCUUUAAAUAUGCAAGGGGAUAUUCCUUAUUUCAAUUUCCAUCGUCUUCCAUCGUCUUCCUCUGCAAUUCACGAUUCUUAGAUCACCAAAUCUUUACGGAGAUGACUACAUCAUUAUCUUUCCCUCUCGCGACAACUACGGCCGUCAUCUUGAGAACUUGUACAAGAUGCACAGUGUAGAUCGCGAUGUCGUUCUCGACUUGUCUUCCAUGCUCGAGACCCCUGAAGCCGUUUGGGACGGGUACUGUGGGGGCGUACCUCUCUUUCUUUGAGACUUGCGGUCUCUUUUUCCCGAUUCCAGAACCUAUCCUUGAUAUAUUGGCGGAGCUCGACUUAUCAUUCACCUAGAUGUGCCCUAAUUUUCUGAGGCAUCUCCUAGCGCUUCUGGUCAGGACUCGUGAGGAGGGUUUGCGAUUUGGUCUCAAAGAGCUUCGCGAAGUAUGUUUAAUGAAGCAAAACAACCAGAAUCCUGGGACUUUUAUCAUGUCUCCCCGCCCAGGUCUUCAGAUCAUAGAAGGAGUUCCGUAUCAUGAAGAGAAGUGGCGAGAACAGUUCUUUGUCUUCAAGGUCGAUCAAGCGUCCAUGGGGAGUUUUGACUUCUCGAAACUUCCUCGUAAUUGUUCCGAAGACAUAGGUAGGCUUUUUCCCCUAGUGCUUUUUUUGACAACUUUUAAGUAAUGAUAUUGGCUUUCUUUUGCUCUAGUUCACUUUGGUAGAUCUCUAAUGUCUGAUGAGCUUUAGGGCCUGAUUGAAGUCCUUCGGCGGGGUCAUCCCCAUUGGUCGUCUUUUGAUCAAUCUCGGAUUCGAGCUGCCUUCUUACUCCCAAGCGGAGAGGGUAGGCCUCUAGUGAUCAAAGAUACCACCGAGAAUGAGGUGGGUCGUUUGCUAGAUCAGGAGGAAGUUGCGACUCCUUCUACAAAUUCGUUGUCAUCAAGUAUGUUGGACAGAAAACUUUCGAGGAGGUCGUCGUUUUGGACCUCUCGAUCGACACCAGAAAAUAAAUCUGUCGGGGAGUCGCCUUUGAUCCCGAUUUUUGACUCCAAAGAAGAUGACGAAGCCGGGGCACAAAAGUCUCCUAUCUCUCUACGUCUUGGCUCUCAGAAUCUUCUCGCCGCUUGUGGGCGCAAGUGACUUCGAUCAUCCAAGGCCGUUAAGUCUGGUCUAUCUCGACCCGGGCAUGGAAAUAGAGGGUUGAAAAAACGUUUGUUCAUGUGGGCGAUGAUCCCCUAUCUGGGACCCGGGAGGAUCUCGUUUGCCUCGCACAUUGUGCUAGGUCCAGUGGUUGCCGCCUUCCAUCUCUUGCUUCCUCGGACGAGAAAGAGGCUUACGCUAAGGUAGCUGUUGCAAACUCCAAGGUUCAUCUAUGUCAAAAUUCUUUACGUAUUUCAUCAGAAAAAGGGUAGUACUUUUAUUUCAAGGCUUUUCUUCCCUCCCCCCCCCCUUUUUGGUUUUUUUAGGUUAUGGAGGUUUUUAACGAGUUUACCAUCGCGAUGAAAGAUUGCAUGCACGCUCUUCGAGGUGAGAAGGGGGUGGAGGAGGAAAAGGUGGAGGUUUGAAGGCUCACAUAAGAGCUUCGAAUCACUAAAGAGAAAGCCAUGAGGAUGACUGGGAGACAUUGGUUCUAAAGGAUGAAUGGAAAAGAGCUUGCCAAGAGAGGAUUAUUUUUGAGUACGAGGUCACUACUCAAAAGACUAAGAUCGCGGAUCUUGAGGCCGAUCGAGACCGAGACAUCCGUCGAAGCUCCUGCAUCGUGCGUCGUGAGGUCGUUGAUAGCUAUUGGGAGAUUCCGAUCUAUUUGGAGAAAAGAUGGGCCAAUAAGAGGAAGGAAGUAGCCGCCAAGAUCCAGCUUCACGAAGUGAUUGCAAAUAUCGAUCUGUUGAACGAGAUUAAGGACGGGGGGGUUGGUCGUGGAAGAUGAGCUCGCUUGACUGAAAGAAAUGGAAAAAGACUGCAAAGACAUUGUCAAUUUUGCUGCUGUCCCAGACUGGUCUAUUUCAAGUCUCCAUCUUCCCCAAAUCUCCGAACUCAACGGCCGAUAAUCGAAUUGGGGAGUUGUCGGUUGGCGAUGAGGCUGGCUCUUGUUGAAGAUUUUUUUUGUUUUCUUUCUUUUAAUCUUUAUUCCGAACUUAUGUGUUGCUUUUGCGAUCUUGCGGAUCCUUCGUAAUCUUGAUCUCUGUUGUUUUCAAAUAUUUUGAACGGAUAAGUGUGAGUUCCGCAAUA